AAACUUCCCGAUCAGGAUAUUCCAGUUUUAUCCGGAAGAUGAAAAUCCUCGCCACACAACAUUUAACAGCGUGUCACACCUUUGUCUUUUUCGCUUUAAUCUCUGCAGCCACCGAAAAAGGAGUCUGAUGCUCAGGGGCAGAAAAAAAAGAAAGAAAACGUAACAUGAGACGGGUUUUAAUUUUUCGCUUGUGAUUGUUUUCGUCGCUGUUUGCCUUGGCGGCGCAGACUGCGCACUGCGCCUAUAUUACAGGACAUACGCGGGCGAGCAGCAGCCCGGCGCCGGUCAGCCUCCCAGAUCGGCUCCGGAGAUCUCCGGCCCCCCCUCGGCUCCUAUUCGGCCCCCCUUCGGCUUUCCUUCGGCCCGCGAUCGGCGGUGGUCCCGUCGCCCUCGGCUGUCAUGAAGGAUGGACGGGCCGCCGAUCUCGGGUAAAGUCAGGAGCCCCGUCACGGAUUUAUUUUCCCCGAAGUGGGACCCGGAAGCAGAAGGCAGGCCGCCGACUCGCGUUUUGUUUGUUUUUAUCUGGAGUUGGAGAGACUGGCCGAGAGCAAAUGGGAAGUUAGAGCCGCGGGGAUGGGGGAUGAAGGCUGCGGCGGGGGUGCCGCUGCCGGCCGGGGGAUGUCUGCCUCGCUGAGCGCCGCCGACGCGGCGGCCACGCCGGGCACAGAUUUUGUCCUGGACUCGGAGACCAAAGUUGUCGCGCCGGACGGUGUCUGGGUGUCGCAGGAGGCGACGGGCGAUAAAGAAAACGCGGAGAGGAGGACCGGCGCCGCGGAGAUCUUAAGGAGUUUGGGGCCGCCGGGAGCCCUUUCUGGCUGGGGGGAGCACCGGGACGCCUCGGCGGAGGAUGCGGCUUUUAAAAAGCAGGCAGACGGAAGUGUGGCGGGGGGGCACCGCACAGGCGACCGGGUCCUUGCGGAACUCGCGCCGGGACCGACACCUUCCGACCCGGACGGGGCAGAAUUGCCGGGGCCGGCCGAAGCGUGCUGGAGCCGCCCGACGUGCGGUGCCCUUCGCCCCAAGGAGCACGUCUACUGCACCGUGUACUGCAUCGCGAACGACAGUCCCGGAGGCCAGGCGAGGCUGCACGGCACCUUCGGGACUCCCCCAGCAGCGGAGCUGGAGGGUCUGCAGCGCUACCCGGAGCCGCUCGCCCUGACAGCUCUGAUCGAGUCCCGGAGUUCGGGCAACUUUUCCGGCGUGGAGCCGAGCUCGUCGGUGCCGGUGACCUGCCGCGUCUGCCUGGACGACAAGCGCAUCAAGCCGCUGCACUGCUGCAAAAAGGCCGUGUGCGAUGAAUGUCUGAAACUGUACAUCAGUUCGCAGGUGUACCUGGGCAAGGUGGACGUCGUGUGUCCCAUCACGGAGUGCAGCGGCUACCUGGAGGAGAGCACCGUGCUGGGCCACCUGGCCAGCGAGGAGGUAGCCAAGUACAAGUAUUUCCUGGAGCUGAGCAAGAUCGACUCCAGCACCAAGCCAUGUCCCCAGUGCAGCCACUUCACCUCCCUGAAGAGCCGCGGCCUGCAGCCGCCCAGCAGGGCGGAGCACAAGUAUAAGGUCCAGUGCACCAAGUGCCAGUUUGUGUGGUGCUUCAAGUGCCAUGCCCCCUGGCACGAGGGCCUACGCUGCCGCGAGUAUCGCAAGGGCGACAAGCUGCUGCGUCACUGGGCUAGUGUCAUCGAGCACGGCCAGAGGAACGCUCAGAAGUGCCCCCGCUGCAAGAUCCACAUCCAGAGGACGGAGGGCUGCGACCACAUGACCUGCACGCAGUGCAACACCAACUUCUGCUACCGCUGCGGCGAGAAGUACCGACACCUGCGCUUCUUCGGCGACCACACCUCUAACCUGAGUGUCUUUGGCUGCAAGUACCGCUACCUCCCGGACAGGCCCCAUCUGCGGCGGCUGGUGCGGGGCUCCGUCUGCGUGAGUAAAAUCCUAAUUGCCCCAUUGGUCGUCGUGCUGGUGGGCGUGUUCGGAGCCAUAGCCUUCGUCAUAGGUCUGAUUGCUUUCCCCGUGUACUACAUCUGCAAGAAGCGGAGGAAACGUUCUCAGGGGACUGGACAUUGGUUCUGCUGACAGUGCAGCUCCACCUCGAUGCGGAGAUGGAGAAAACAAAAUUGCCAGACUCUGCCCAGCAUCAAGCCAAAUAGAGAUGGACGCUCCCGGAACCUGAGCAGAGAUGAUGCCAGGCACAGAGUCCCUGAUCUCCCCCUGGAGCCCAGCCAGAAAGCCAGUCUCUGCAGUCUGGGUCCCGAAGAUUUGAACACUGGGUAAUUUUUCCUCAGCCUCUUCCGCAUAAGUUGCUGGCUUCUGCAAGAGGUCCAGCAGGGUCUCCCUGUGCCCUCAGCCUCGUAGAUGUGAGUGCUUCGGGAAGACCGAGACAGCAGUGCUCUUCAGCGAGUGUGCAGAAGCAGGGUAGGGAUAGGCGGAUCUUAGCCAACGUUACUUGUGGUAGUUUGCAGAUUUUGACCAUAACGCUGAUGCUUCAUCACUGUCUCUGACAGAUCUUGCCAUUUUUUUCCCCUAAAUUCUUUUUUGUGGUUCAUAUCUUUGAAAGAUUUGUGAUAUUUAUUUAUUUGUGCUUGCUGGCCAACUCUUGCCUUGCGUUUCCCAGAGUCUUGUUGGGAUAGUCGUACCUCCCCGGUGGGUCCCAUGCUGCUGGCGGCUUUGUAAUCAAGGUCCCCCUCCCUACAUUGUUUUUCUACAGUCCUUACUGCUCUAACCCACCCCCUGCCCCUCCCCCCCCCCCCCCCCCCCCGGGUUGGCCAUCUCCUCGCAAAGGCACUCGGUGCCGUAACAUAACCGCCAUUAUAUUCAUUGUUGCUCAUGCAGCCAUUCCUUCAGUGAUGAGCUUUGUCAUGUUGCCAUAACCUCCCUCCUGACUUCCAGACCAUGAUUCCCAUUGGGUGUUCAGAUCAGCUCAGGUUCACUCCGACGCGACAGUUCCCGCGACGUCUGGCCUGUGCUACUCCGUGGUCGUGCCGUGGGCCGGACGAGCAUCGCACGAGCAUUGUGAGCAGUGCCAAAACAAGUCUGCAUCAAAACGAGGCGUGUGUCCCCCACACUGACAUACUGCCCUCACAUCCUGUCUGAACAAUACACGGGUGAGGUAGGUGGGCUGCUCUCGGCUUUCAAAGGAGCCCUUUGAAUCGUCACCGCUCGCCCUGUAAAUAGACACAAUCCUAUCCUCUUAGCUUUUGUAUGUGUAAUUAUGGAAGCUUUAUGAGAAGGGGAGAGCUCUGGAAAUAAUGUCAUUUCACUCCUUUUGAUGAGAUUGUAUUAGUUGAUUCUUUUUUAACUUUAAGGGAGUUUAAAGCCAUUUGUUGAACUGUAGGGGUGUGAUUCAGGAGUGUGAAGGGACAUGCUGCAUCUGAGCUCCUGUCGUCCUCGAUGCAGUCAUCACCCUGUUCAUGGUAAUCCAGAUUUCGACAUGGUUACUUUAGUGAGUUGCUGUAUCAUUUGUGUGACUUGCCACGUCAGUCCCGGUUGAAGAUGCCCAGAAAAUUCGUAACAUUUGGUGGAUCGGAGGUGUGCUAACGUGCGCAAAGCUUAGCAUCGCUGCCAUGCUCUUUAAUCGACUGCAUUGUUUCACUAAGCAACUGCAAUGUCAUGCGCAUUUAAAGAUUAUUCAAGGAGCUAAUUGCCAGCCAGACAAUGUCCGCUAUGCACAGUAACCUGCAAAACAUGUUAAGUGAUGGAUGAUAUCACAACAGACAAUCGGGUAUCCAUACUUCUUUUCAAACAUUGACAAAAGAAUCUGUAUACUGUCAAACUGUAGGGGGCAAUGUUUCAGACUCCUGGAUAUGUUGCCACGUGCUGUUCGAGGCAAUCCGUCAAUAAUAAUCACGAGAAGAGAGUUACUUCAACAUGUUUGAAAAGGGUACUUCAGUUGGGACCACGAUCAUCAAAACAGACAUUUUAGAAAAUAUAGUCUUUUCUAAUUGUUCUCAGGAAACAUUCAAGGUAAAAUGUCUUGUUUACUAAUGCUGUGAUUUUCAUUAUAGUCCAAUGACAGGUGGAAUUUGCAACUUAAAAUACAUGAUCAACAGGUCGAUUAACACAUGAACACAAUGUGUUUCUUUUCAGUUUUUCUUUGGUCCAAAAUUAGUCUGCUGGAUGCUGAAAGGAGAGAAUGUUUUGUCAUUUACAGCUUACUUUUUUAUGUGUCAUGAUAAUUUUGCAGUCCCCAUGGUGACCUCCAUCACUGGGCUGUCUGCUGAUGCCCCAUCAGGGUGUAAACUCAUCAGGUGCCUUCUAAGACGGCAAGGCUGAAGUGCCACAUUUCACUUCCGGGACGUUAAAACCUCACGAUUUCUAACGAUUCUGUUAUGCUCAUUUGUCUGAAAUACAGCAUAUAAAACUAGCGCAGAACAAGAGUUGGGAGCUUCUGUCCUCUGUAUGUGCGACGUGUCCGUUUGUGAAGCAUCGUGCUCGUGUUUAACUCCAUUCUCCGGAUCUCAGUCCAUCUUCAGAACUCUGCAAGCACACGUCCCUUGUGAGGAACUGUGUACUCAAGCUCAUUAAACGAUGCUGGCAAGAGGUGCCAGGACUCAUUCCA